AGAACCUGCUGAGAGGAGAGGAGAGGAGAGGAAAAAAGAAAACUAAAUACCCCAAUCAGAGAGAGCUUAGGUCAAUCAACUAUCAUUCUAUCAAGUUCAUUAUCCUCUCUCUUUGUUCAGUGUCAGACGAGAUGAAUACCCAGUUGCUUCAAAUUGCGAUUACUCUCUUCUCUAUCCUUAACUUUGAUUCAGCUUCAUCUUCUACAAAUUUAUUACUAACGUCUGAUGCUUCAGCUCUGUUAGCAUUCAAAUCCAAAGCCGAUUUGGGCGACAAACUUCGAUUCUCUCCAAACACCAGCUUCGAUUUCUGCAAAUGGCAAGGUGUAAAAUGCGUCCAAAGCAAAGUGGUCCGGGUCGUCCUCGAAGGCUUCAGUCUUGGUGGCAUUUUCAGUCCCGACACUUUGACUCGUCUCGACCAGCUACGAGUCCUGAGUUUGCAGAACAACUCGCUCACCGGUCCAAUCCCUGAUCUAUCCGGACUCCUCAACCUCAAAGCCCUAUUUCUCGACCAAAACUCGUUUGCCUGUGCAAUCCCACCUUCGGUUUCAAACCUCCAUCGUCUACGAACCCUCGAUCUCUCUCAUAACAACCUCAGUGGUUCCAUACCACCGUCUUUGAUCAGUUUAGACCGGUUAUACUAUCUCCGAUUAGACUCCAACCGGUUCAACGGUUCGAUGCCUCCACUCAACCAGUCCUCUCUCCAAAUCCUCAAUGUUUCCAGAAACAAUUUAACUGGUGCCAUUCCGAUUACCACUACUUUACUCCGUUUUCACUCUUCGUCCUUUUCAGGGAACCCUGGCCUCUGCGGUGAGAUUAUACAGGAAGAAUGCCGCCCAAUAGAACCCUUUUUUGGCCCUUCAACUAUUUCACCGCCGCCGCCGCCAACAUCGGUGGUGCUUGGCCAGAAUAAGCAGUUUCAAAGUGUUGAGUUGACGCCGCCGAGACCAAGAAAACACACAAGAACUGCCAUGAUAAUCGGCUUCUCAACCGGAACUUUGAUCAUAAUCGGUUCCAUUGUCUGCCUUGUUAUGGCUAGAAAGAAAUGCAAAAUCUCAAAGGUCACAAAUCCAGCGAUGGCUUCGGAUUCCACUGCCACCGCUAAUGCGGCGGCGCUGAUGAGAAUGGAAGAAGACAACGAGUUGGAGGAGAAGGUGAAGAAAGUACAAGAGGAUAUGCAAAUGCAACUGAGGAAGAGCGGGAAUUUAGUGUUCUGUGCGGGUGAGUCACAGGUUUAUACGCUGGAGCAGCUAAUGAGAGCUUCUGCUGAGCUGCUCGGAAGAGGGACAAUUGGGACGACUUACAGGGCGGUGCUUGACAACCAUUUGAUCGUCUGUGUGAAGAGAUUAGAAGCCGGAAAACUCGCCGGAACCGGCAGAGAGGAGUUCGAGCGGCACAUGGAAUCAGUGGGUGGACUCAGACAUCCGAAUUUGGUUCCACUCAGGGCAUAUUUUCAGGCGAAGGAUGAGAGGCUUUUGGUGUAUGAUUACCAGCCCAAUGGCAGUCUCUUCUCUCUAAUUCACGGUUCAAAAUCAGCAAGAGCAAAGCCACUUCACUGGACUUCAUGCUUGAAAAUAGCAGAGGACGUAGCACAAGGUCUCUCUUACAUCCACCAAGCAUGGAGGCUUGUCCAUGGCAAUCUCAAGUCCUCCAACGUCCUCCUCGGCUCCGAUUUCGAGGCCUGCCUCACCGACUACUGCCUCUCCGUCUUAGCCACCUCUUUCUCCUCCGAUGACCACCCUGAUUCCGCCGCCUACAAAGCCCCUGAAACUCGAAAAUCCAGCCACCAUGCAACCUCCAAGUCCGACGUGUACUCAUUUGGUGUUCUACUGCUUGAGCUUUUAACUGGAAAGCUUCCGUCAGAACACCCAUUUUUAAUGCCCGAUGACAUGAUCAACUGGGUUAGAUCGAGUAGGGAAGAUGAUGCAGGCGGGGAUGAGGAGCGGCUAAGUAUGAUUCUUGAGGUGGCUAUAGCGUGCAGUGCGGUGUCGCCUGAGCAUAGACCAACCAUGUGGCAAGUGGUGAAGAUGAUACAGGAGAUUAAAGAGGCAGUUUUAAUGGAGGAUAAUUGAAUUGGACCACUUACAAGGACAUUCCAGCAGCCAGGAAAACAAGGCAGGGCCACUUCUUUUGCCUUUUGUUCAAUUAUUUUUUUUGUAGCCUUUGUAGUGAGUGAGUGAGUGAGUUGUUGCAGUGAUGUACAUAGUUUAAUGUUUGGUUUUGGUGUUGCAUUGUGGUGAAUCUGGUGAUAGGUGUAGCCGGUGUAGAUUAUGGACGG